AUGCUAGCCAGCAUCGUUCUAGAUCAGACGUUUCCGCAUUACACAAAUUUGGAUUACAUAUCUGGAAAAGUAUUUGUGCGCACACAGACUGCGACGACAGUUUCUGCUAUUGUGGUGAAGCUUGAGGGAGAGUCGAGAACAAGAUUACUGCCUCCUCCCAAUCCAAGUAAUGAUAGACAGAAGCCUCAGUUGGAGUUUCAUAAGAUUCUCUACAAGACUAUAGCGGUAUUCCCACCCCCAGAAAUUGUAGGACAACAAGGUAGCUCAGGAUCUUUGUCUGGCAAGACAGCAUAUACGUUGCCCGCGGGACAGCACGAAUACCCCUUCAGCUUCAAGUUUCCCUUCAACAAUGCAUGUGAUCCAGCAUCGAACUCUAACCCGACCAUAUCCUUAUUCGGAGGUCUAAAUGUUGAGAUGUACAAGUCGCCGCAUAGCCACGUCAAGAAGACUCUACCACCAACGCUAGUAGGCUUCCCUGGUGAAGCCGAGAUUCGUUAUUAUGUCAAAGCAACCAUCAACAGACCCAGUCUCUUCAAGGAGAACGUACGCGCUUAUGUGCCGUUCAACUUCUGUCCCAUCGAGCCACCACGUCCACCACCAUCGGAUGCCUUGGGUUUUGCAAGACGCCGACAUCAAUUCAACAUGAACAUGCCGCCCACGCCUGCCGUGAUUCCGAGCAAAUCCAAGAUGGCUUCCUUCUUUGGUGGCUCAAAGAAGAACAAUGGAUCUACUUCAGGGAGCACAACACCCACAGCUCCAUUCAUUGCUGUUGACAUACGCUUACCAGAGCCCGCGAUCUUGACUUGUGCCAAACCCGUGCCUGCACGACUCGUAGUCACCAGUCUGAAUGGCAAAGUCACUGCUAUGACACUCACGUCUCUGCAGCUCGAAGUCGUGGCCAUCACCAAGAUCCGCGCGCAGGACGUCGGCAGGGUCGAGCGCAGCAGUACGGUGUUGUUCUCUCGUAGCGGUAUGGCAAUCCCACUGCAAUUUGGCGACAGCGUAGCCAGAGAAGCAAUCGCACCCAAUGGCGGAGGAGUCGAGUCAGAAGCUGAGAUUGACUCUCGCUAUUGGAGUGAUACGCCUUUGCCUAAUGCCAUACCGCCGAGUUUCGAGACUUGUAACAUUACUCGCUCGUACGAGAUCUUUGCCCGCAUUGGUAUUCGCUAUGAUGGUACAGCAGCUGACUUCUGCAAGCCUCAAACAACUACCAUAGACCUCCGUCUACCCGUCCAGAUCUUCUCAGGCAUUACUCCACCGCCCGAGCUCCUCGAAGCCAUGUCAAGAGCUCAAGCUCAGGCACCGCCGCUCCCCGCUCGCAAACCAGUAGCCUCCUCUUUAGCACCGGUGGAGACUGUACAGAUACCAGUACAACCUGUGCAACAUGUAGAACAUUCCGGCGAGGAACCACCGUUUGGCGAUGCGCCGCCCAGCUACGAAGACGCUAUGGCUACGGAUGUGCAGCCCGCGGGUGGCAUACAGAGAGCCGAAUAUGUGCCCCCCGUCACGGCUGAGGAUCCUCUGUUGAACUCUGGCAGAGGGGAGAAGAGCGGAUGGCAUUGA